AUGAGCGACAGCAGAGCUGCAGUCGUGAAAAGUUUCUUUCCGUUUCUCCCUAAAGAAACAUUAAACUGAAUCCAGCAGCUUUUUAACAGCAGAAUCUCUGCCAAAGACGGAGUGCCGAUAUGUCUGCUGCCAGCUGUCUGCUGACUGAAGAUCAGUUUCUUUGCUCCAUCUGUCUGGAUGUGUUCACUGAUCCAGUCACCAUACCAUGUGGACACAACUUCUGUAAAAAGUGCAUCACUGAUCACUGGAAUAUUGAUCUUCCCUAUCAGUGUCCCAACUGUAAAAAGGGUUUUAGCACAAAACCUGAGCUAGAGGUCAAUACUUUCAUCUCUGAGAUGGCUGCUCAGUUCAGACAGACAGCUCAACAGGAAGCCAGCAGCAGCAGCUCAGAGCAACAAAAGUCCAAACCAAAAGAAGUUCCCCCUGACGUCUACUCAGGAACCAAACCGCAGACUUGGAUGUUCUUCCUUGUGUGUCUGCUGUGUGUCUUCAUGGCCUGGAUGGUUUCAGACCAAAAGAAACAUGUUGUUGGUCCUCUGAAAGAAGAAUAUGAAGCAAAGAAGGCUGAGCUGUGGAAGACGGGGGCAGAAAUUCUGCAGAUGAUCCAGAAGAGACGACUGAAGAUUCAGGAGAUCAAACAUUCAGUGGAGCUCAGUAAAGAAGAUGCUGACAGGGAGAUAGCAGAAGGUGUUCAGAUCUUCACUGCUCUGAAGGAGUCUGUUGAGAGAAGCCAGGCCGAGCUCAUCAAGGUGAUCCAAGAGAAGCAGAGAAAGACAGAGAAGCCGGUCGAAGGCUUCAUCAGAGAGCUGGAACAGGAAAUCUCUGAUUUGCAGAAGAGAAGCACUGAGGUGGAGCAGCUCUUACAGUCUGAAGACCACCAACACCUCCUCCAGAGCUUCACCUCCCUGAACGCUGUUCCACCCACCAAGGACUGGACAGAAGUCAACGUCCGUCCACCUUCAUAUGAGGGGAUUGUAGUGAGAGCUGUGAAUCAGCUGGAGGAGACGCUCAGUAAACAGAUGAAAAAGCUAUUUCAUGUCGAGCUGAAGAGGGUCCAGCAGUCUGCAGUGGAUGUGACUCUUGAUCCUGAUACAGCACAUCCUAAUCUCAUCCUGUCUGAUGAUGGGAAAGAAGUUAAACUUGCUGAUGUGAGGAUGAUUGUCCCAGACAAUCGAAAGAGAUUUUCGGAUGAUAUUUGUGUUUUAGCAAAGCAGAGUUUCUCUUCAGGAAGAUUUUAUUACGAGGUUCAGGUUAAAGGGAAGACUGAGUGGGAUUUAGGAGUGGUCAGAGAGUCAAUCAACAGGAAGGGAGAAAUAAUAAUGACUCCACAGAAUGGUUACUGGACGAUAUGGUUGAGGAAUGACAAUGAAUACGAAGCUCUUGCUGGCCCGGCAGUCCUUCUCUCUCUGAGGUCUCGGCCUCAGAAGGUGGGGGUGUUUGUGGAUUAUGAGGAGGGUCUGGUCUCCUUUUAUGACGUUGAUGCUGAAGCUCUUAUCUACUCCUUUACUGGCUGCUCCUUCACUGAGAAUCUCUACCCAUACUUCAGUCCCAGUGUUAACUAUGGUGGUAAAAACUCUGCCCCUCUGAUCAUCUCUCCUGUCAGUCACUGAGUAGAAGAAAAUGUUACAUCUAUGAAAUCACAGAAAAAAAGAGGCUACAGAACAUCCAUGAGAAUCAUAUUUUUUUCUACAGUAUCUAAUAGUGCCCUAUAUUUAGAAAGUGUGGCCAACUAGGGAAUCGAACGUUCUGAGCAUACCGUUCUGCGAUUGGUUCCAAGGUAGUCACGUGUGUCAUGGACUCCAUGUUUGAUACCAAUAUUCAUCUGAUUCCCAUUGAUAUAGUGCAGGGAAUAGUGGAAAAAUGUAAUAAAUUAUUUAAAAAAUAACAAAUCACUUAAAAAAUGCCCAACUGUUGUGCGUUUGGCUGCAAUGAAAGACAGGGAAGCAGCAAAAGAUUUCACAAAUCCCCCCAUGAAGCAAAAAGGCAAAAAGUAUGGGAGCUGUUCAUUAUUUUGUGAGGUGAAUGUCAAUUUUUCUCUUCUAUAUGAUAACAAAUUACAUAGGACAAAUAUAAUAAUACCAUCGUUAAUGUGUAUAUUGUUGAAAAAAGUUCCAACACUGCUUUAGAAAUGAAUGACGUUUGAAGUUAGCCUUAUGCUAGCGUUAGCUUUUUCGCUAGCACUCCAUAUACCUAAAUGCUUGUGAUCUUGCCACAGUCAUAGCUAUGGCUUUUGGUCUCGACCAAGUCCAGGUGUCUUUAUUAUCUUCAUAAUAAUAUUGGAGGGAAAGUGAAACACAACUUGGACGGGGAUGUUGUUCGGUUUUUCACAAGUUUAGACAUCUACGCCGAUGUUUGCUAACGUUAGCCCACCAGCGUUAGCCUAGCCUGCUAGGUAGCUAAAUAUUACGACUGCCUUCAGAGUUUCCUAUAUCUGCGUCCACGUUGUCAACAUAAGACCUGUGGCGUUAGUGCUCCCUUUGUACCAUAAUUUUAUUGAAUUAAAUAUUAAGCUUCACUCCUCUGAGAUGGGUGGGUUUUUGUUACAUUACACACAAAGCUAGCUAUGGUUAGCCUGUAUGCUAGCAGACAGUAGAAAGGUAAACACUGCUAAGAGACUUAUUAGGCGACGUGGUCACUCACUACAAUGGGCAUUAUCUAGAGGCCCAUUUAAGAUAUAGAAGGUAAAUAUACACUGGAAUAUUUCCGUAAGGGCUUUUUGCAUAUUGACAAACAUUGAUAAUAACAUGUAUAUACCUGUUUAAGGUGAAAAUAAGCGAUUUAUUUCAAGAUAGCAUAUCCGCCCCAUAGGGUUACACUGUAGAG